AUGGAUUCCAACGGAGGAGCAGUCUACUGCACGCUACUGUUAAGCGACAGUUAUCUUCCUGGUGCUAUGGUCCUUGCCCAUUCCCUACGCGACAAUGGCACAAAAGCGAGGUUGGUGGCGCUCUUUACGCCAGACAGGCUACAAUCAACCACCAUCGAUGAGCUAAGGACCAUAUACGAUGAGCUGAUCCCGGUGAGCUCAAUGGUAAACGACACGCCGGCGAACCUCUGGCUCAUGGAUCGCCCAGAUUUGAUUGCCACAUUCACCAAGAUCGAGCUUUGGCGCCUGACACAAUACCAGCGGGUCGUAUACAUUGAUUGUGAUGUCAUAGCUCUCCGAGCCCCCGACGAGCUUUUAUCACUGGAAGCAGACUUUGCUGCUGCGCCUGAUGUCGGAUGGCCGGAUUGCUUUAAUAGUGGAAUGAUGGUUCUCCGACCUAAUCUACAGGAUUAUUAUGCGCUAAAAGCACUUGCCCAGCGAGGUAUCAGCUUCGAUGGCGCCGACCAGGGUCUGUUGAACAUGCAUUUCCGGGACUGGCAUAGGCUAAGCUUCACGUAUAAUUGCACCCCAAGUGCCAAUUACCAGUACAUUCCUGCGUACAAGCAUUUCCAGAGUACCAUCAGUCUUAUUCAUUUUAUUGGUGCUCAGAAGCCGUGGAACAUGCCGAGGCAGAUUGUCCCACUGGAGUCCCCGUACAAUCAGCUUCUAGGUCGGUGGUGGGCUGUCUAUGACAGACACUAUCGUCCGGUAUUUGUACCGACCGCGCCAGUAGAUAUCGGAAAGACGGUGCUGGUUCAAGGCGAUCAAGUUCAUUCACCUCGUUAUGACCACCUCCCUCGUUAUGACAACAGUCCUCGCUAUGACACCCCUCAUUAUGAGGCACAGCCGAUGCCUGAGCUGCAGCCCUACCAUACUGAAGAAUCCACAAGCUUCCAUGAUGAAUCACACCAAGCACCGCCAGUCGAACAUCGCCAUCCAGAACCGCACCACGAACACUCUACUCCCACCAAUGUACGCCAUACUGCCGUUCCUGUGUUGAGCAUGGUACCGCAGUAUGUUCGCGGAGAGGAGCACGUCUCAACGUUUAUUCCAACAAUGCCUCCUACGCCAAUCAAUUUUGCGGCCCAAGUGAGCCAUGAGAUACACGAGACACAGAUACAACCCCAGGCGCAGACCCAGACCCAGGUACAGAUACACUACCCCGAUGGCCAUAUUCACCAACCACAACCUAUCGCGCCAAUCCCUCCGAUUAUCGAGUAUCAAUCGCCCCCAUCUCCCGUCCCAGAGAUUUCAACCUUUGAGGCGCCAAAAUCCGAGUGGGAUCCCUCACGUGAGCCACCGCCGGUCAACACGAAACCUGAAGGUUUCAGUUUACAACAGAAAACCUACAAUAUGUCCGAAGACACGCAUCUAUUCCAACCGCCGUCAUCCUACCCCGAGGCACCGAAAAAUAUGUGGUAUCAGGUCCCAGCCAAACCGGAACCCAAACCUACCACUGUCUUCCCCUGGGAGAGUCAUGCUCCGAAACCCACCCGCGUCUUCGCCGAGGAGGCACCUUUGGAGUUAGUGGAAACUUCUGCCAUACCCGAGGAACCAGAGCAACAUUCACUCCCAAGCGAGCCCACCCCUCCCGGGCCCUCACCUUCCUAUACUCGAGUACCCUUCGAACCCAGUGCCGAAUCAUGGCAAACAUACACCCGCUCCAACGCCUGGGAUGAGGACCCUGAGAUCCAGCGCUACAUUGAGACAAUCCAAGCACGGCGCUCGAAAUCACAAGUGACUAGUCCGGGAGCCAACUCCGACAGCCCCGGGAAAUCACCCCCUACCCCAGGCUCCCGCCCAAGUACUAAGAUUACCGACUUCCCAACAGAAGUUGAGCGCCCCAGUCUGCCCGUAACGCCGGCUCCAAUCCGCCGCACCAGCUAUGGGGAUGAAGCCUCCGGUACGGCCGACCUCCCUGCUGCAGAGGGCGUGCCUAGCCAGGAGGAAUGGAAUCCCCUGGCUCAGCUCGAGGAGCUGCAUCGUCGGCACUCGGAGGUCUUGGAGCAUCCUGAGCUACUGUUUAGUCGGCUCGGCGCUGCCUCAUAUCGUGAGCGUUGA